AAGAGAUAUAAAACGGGCUCCAAGGGAGAAAGAGCGUCCGUCCGUCCUGUUCGUUUGAAGGGUGUUAAUGCAAAGGCCUAUGGGUCUCGCUGGGGAUCGUGCCUUUAUCACCACAAAGGAAUAAGCUUUGACUCCUUUUUUGUUUUUGAACAAAUAAAAGGAUUGACCGCAUGAGGGAAGGCAGUCGACGAGUCGCCGAAGCUUGAGUAGGAUCUUUCGGUUUUGAAAGGUGAGAAGAAGCGUGAAUUUGAUGCAGAAUGGACGCUGAUAUAAACAAUUGGACUGAUGUGGACGACCAUUUUGACACAGAGGCCCGAAUUGAUGGUUUCGGUGUCCUCAUGGCAGUUCUGUACCCGCUGGUUUGCAUUGUCGGACUCGCCGGGAACUCUCUGGUCAUCAUUACCAUUUUGAAACUGGAUAAAAUGUCAUCGGCCACCACGGUGUACAUUUUUAACCUGGCGCUAGCCGAUGGGCUGUUCAUGGUCGGGCUCCCCUUCAUGGCGAGCCAGAACUUCCUGUCCAAGUGGUUGUUUGGCAACGUGGCGUGCAAAGUGGUCAUGGUGCUGGACGGCAUCAACCAGUUCACUAGCGUCUUCUGUCUGACCGUGAUGAGCAUCGACCGCUACAUGGCACUGGCCGACCCGCUUCGGUUCGCCUGUUGGAGGACGCCGCGUUGCGCCAAGAUCAUCUCGGCCUUGCUGUGGCUGUUCUCCCUGGUCACGAUCCUUCCAAUGGCGCUUCACUUCUCGGCAGAUCGAGGCCUGUGCAUACCGGACAUCAUUUCGGACGUUUGGUGGCUCGGCAUCCUUUCCUACACCUUCGUUUUAGGAUUCGCUUUGCCCUUCACCGUCAUGACUGCCUCCUACACGGCUUUGCUGCUCACCUUGCGGUCGCAGCGUCUUCAGGCUACCACACCCAACCACGAAAACCACCGUCCGGAGCGACAGGUUACCAAAAUGGUAGUGGCGGUGGUGAUUGUGUUCGGUAUGUGCUGGCUGCCGUUUUACACCUUCAACUUCUGCUCCAUGUAUGAAACGGACCUUACCUUUGCCAGAGCUUUCGAUUGUGUGGUCUUGCUGUCGUACUCGUGGAGCUGCGCCAACCCCAUCCUCUACACUUGCCUCUCGGACACCUUCAGGAGGCAUUUCCGCACCCUCCUCUGCUCGGCCACUAAGUCUUCCCCCAGCAUGCAAUGCAACACUGAGCGGUAUGACCUAACCAUGACAGGUGUGCAGGAUGUCACUUUCUAGCAUAGAGGGGAAAAAAAGCAUUACAACAAUAAUUCUUAUAAUUAUGCAAAAUUAGGGAAGGUUUAUGUGGUGGUUUGAGAAAGAAACCCUGGCAUCUGCUGAACGUGCGGGAUUUGCCUCCAAGACGGAAGUAUUGUUUGUUUUUUUUGUUGACAUUCUCAACUGCUGGCAUUUAGUUGUGUCCAGAGAGAUUUGGUUUGGAUCAUGCAAUGAGUUAUUACAAGCUGUCAGGUAGGUCGAUCCAAAAAUAGGCACAUUCUGGUUUGACUUUGAGGAAAUCUAACACACUUUACUUGUCCAGUGUAAUCCCCUCUUGAGUUCUGUCGGAAGCAUGGCU